AUGUGUGAGAGAGCCGUCUGUCAGCUGCCGCUGGUCACGCUAAUGCAACUCAACGAGACCUCCGAUCCUGUUUCCGAUACUUCUGUGCGAGUCAUGCCAGAGCCAUCCCAGAAGCGAAAGCGGGCCAAGACCGGUUGCUUGACCUGUCGUGCCCGCAAAGUCAAGUGCGACGAGACGCGGCCGCGGUGCAAUCACUGCCGCAACCUCGGGGUGGAGUGCCGUUGGCCCGAACCCGCAACGAAGCGUUUCUGUCGCAUCUCAACGCCGCCUUCCUGCAACACUCAGGGCCCUCAAUCGAUCGCCACGGGAGGGCCCCGAUUGUCUGCAUGCUUCCCUUGUCGUUAUGCCCGCUCGAAAUGCUCCAAAGAUCGACCGACGUGCGCCCGCUGCCGUUCUCACGGACACGAAUGCAAGUAUCCCGAGCCCCAGGGGUCCCACGCCCUCACGUCCUCGGCGCAGUCCUGGAUGAGGAGACUCCAAACGGCGGAGAUGGGCAACUCCGCCGAACUCUCGCGUCCGGAGAUCCUCACCAGCCUCACUAGCUCACCAGAGCCGGAGUCUGCACCAACACAUCCCGAGAUAACUGAUGAUCAACGGCCGGAAAUGCCGGCAGGCGAUGCCAGUCCCCCAGAGACGUCUGAUAGGCUGGAUGAUGUUGUCUCCGCUCUUUGUGAGAGCCAGUCAUCUCCAACACAAGCUGCAGCAGGUGCAGUGGUGACACUGAGCCCGCGCAGGAGCUUUCUUCCCAGCCAAGAUAGUAUUGAGCGUCUUGCGGUCGCCUUCUUCCGACACGUUCACGUCUACCGUGCCAACGCCUUCCUGCAUCGGGAUCAGACCCUGAUGGCCAUCCGUGACGGCACAUUCUGUGUCCCGGUCGUCCUGGCCCUGUGUGCUGUCGGGGCGCGUUUCACCUCUCCGCCCCAGCCAGACGACGUGGUCAUCAGCUGGGCCACCGAAGCGGCCAACUGGGUCACAACAGCGACCGAGGUCUCACGAGACCACGUUGUGGUCGCCCUUUUGCUUGCUAUCUACAUGCAGCAAGCUGGUCGAUUUGCCCAAUCUCACCUGUGGUCGGCCAUUGCCAAUACCCACGCCGUCAGUCUGGGUCUUCAUCGCGAAUCCGCACCCGGCACGUCUUCUUUUGUGGAAAGUGAACGCGACCGGCGCCUGUUUUUCGCCUGCUAUGCCAUUAGCCGUUUCAUAUCCAAUGGCGCUCCCGAGUCAAUCCAAUGCCCUGCAUCUCGUAUCAAGUUGCGGCUGCCAUGCGACGGCUUUAAUUACCGCCUUGACGUGAGCAUCGAGACGCCUUAUGCGACCCUCGAGGCAGACGAGCCAGAGCCGCCCGGCCCAAACGGCAUGCAGCGAAACGUUGGCGCCAUGGGAUUUUGGGUGCGACUGGUUAGCGUGAGGAUGAAAAUUAAGCGCUACUUCCAUUCCAUGACGGAGGACAGGGAAGAACGACACGCACAUCAGCAACCCAGUGCCAUUGGCACGACACUUGCCCCAUGGGGCGCUUCCUCCCCAUUCGUGGUGUGCUUGGCACAGUUGGCCUCCCUAUCCGAGUCUUUGCCCCCCCGGCUUCAGCUCUCCCCCGAGUUGGUGCUUCGACAGCACGAUGCUCCUGUUUUGGGCCAGAUUGUCAUGUUCUACCUCUGGUGGAAUGAAUGCCACCUUGAGCUUUAUAGCAUCGCUCUUCACGGAUAUCCCCAGUCCCUAGAUUCUACCGUCAUGUCAACCGCGCCAGCUGGCUGGAUUGACCAGGCCCGUCAUAACUGCUUGCGGCACGCCCAGGCUAUCACGGAUAUUUUAGACCUUGUGGAUCGGGAAAUGCCUCGCCAGCCGCUGACCAUCUCGGAUCACACCAUUGCGCACGUGGUUUAUUUGUCCGUGCGGGUGCAAUUAGAGCUCCUGAUGCCGACACUCAAGGAUAGCGGGAUGCGUCUUGAAUUAAAGAAAAGAUUCGACAUAAUGCUGGGCUUUGUAGAAAGGACAAGUAAAUAUUUCCAUCAGGUGUCCCUGGUCGUAAGUGCUUCCCCACGCUUCUGCUGUCAGGUGUUGAGAAGGCGCCGUAAAAAACCUGACGCUUUACAUGCCCCAGCUCCACGAGAUGCGCCAUUAUCUCAGACAGCAUCUUUGCCUUGGUUCUGCCGUCAAAAAGCACUUGAUUCCAGAAGAGCUGCCGAGCAAGCUGGUAUAAGCGCAGCGCAUUUCGAAGCAAAUCUCGCCGAACUUCUGCCUGAUUGCAUCCCACUUGGCACUAUGUCCUGGAUCCGGGGCUACGGCGUCAAUGACCCUUGCCGACUUCCCGAAACAGCAGAAUCAUCAUGGGAUAUUUUGCCCAAUCUGUGGAUGGGAGCCCCGCCCACGGGGCAAAGCACUAACAACCCUGUUACAGCCAUGAGUGAUUUUAGCAGCCUCGGUAUCUUCAAUACCUGGGGACGGAUAGACCCCAACGGGACUGGGUCUCGUUUUGAUCCACUGCUUCCUAGUCACUCUUUCGCGCAUCCAAGUGCAACGGGAACCUGUGGAACUUCAACAGUAAUUUCUUCGGACGCUCCCUUUUCUUUGAACCCAUUGAACACGUAG